CUUCAGGGCACAUCGGUUCCGCCGGCGCUAGAGACAGCGGGUGACCAGACCUUAUUCCGAAUAAAUCAUAUUGCAUAUCAAAAGCUAUAUUUAAAUCGAUCAAGUGUCUCACGCAGCUCUCCAGUAGCGGAGAUAUCGCCAACAGGCGACGGUUUGGCGCCUUCACGAAGAUUAUGUUAUAGGCGUAUUACUGAUUGAAGAUUACAUAUUGCUUUUUCGAUAGUCGAAAAAAUAUGGAGCAAAUGUCAAGUAACAACGUGAGCCGGGCUCCUGGGGACAUUCGACCUCCAAGUAGUGGCCCUAACGGUCAGGAUUCAGCAUUCGCGACACAAGCGCCCGUCCGCCCGCCACUUACCAGAGUUGAUUCCCGUUCAGCGCUUAUACCGCCGGUUAGACCUGGAGCACCUCAACAGUUCCAGCAGCGACCGCUGUUCCAACCGGGUGGACCGGUAACGAGUUCACCUCAGUUUACGCCUCGUUCGGGAAGUCCAAUAACUCGAGGACCGACUCCGUCCGCUGCGCCAGGAUCUCCGCAAAUUAGAGCGCAGGCACCUCCUGCACGUCCUUCAGGACCUCAGUCGAUUCAAGGUCCAAGACCUCAGCAGUCUCCUACGACUGCUCAGCCUUCACCGGUUCAAAGAGCUCCUGCACCGAGCAACCUCCAGUUCGGUCCAAGGCAGCCACCGCAGUUUGGGGGCGCCACUACGCCUGACGGUUCCAAAGCUCAGGCACCGCCCCAAUUUAACGGAACUUUAAAGAACGGCACUCCAGCACCGUCUCAAGUAACGGGACAACUACCUAGACAACCGUCACAAGGCUCUUUAAAAGGCCUUGAUUUAUCCAAUACAAACCAAAGUAAAACAGCAAACCUGGAAGCCCUAAAUUCGAACAAUGACAACCAAAAUGCUAAUAAGUCCGAGAUUAACUCGGAAGCACCGGCGGUGGCUAAAGGCAGGAGUUACAGCAUCGCCGCCGCUCCCGGCACGCCAAGCCCGCUAAAGAUGGAUGAAGACCGGCGAAAAUCUAUAAGUGCUGUAGGGAGUAAGAUGGAAGAGUUUACAAGUCGUAGCCCAGGUCUUGGAUUAAUUCAAGAAUCCAAAGACAGUAGAGACAACAUACGAGGGUCUAAAGAUAGUGUAAGGUCGGUGACUUCGAAUGAUGGGAGUAAGGACAACGUUGAUCGUCCAGAAUCACGUAUAACCGGCUCUAGAAUGACCGAAUCAAUAAUGGGAUCUUUGACCAACAUAGCACCCAAAAUGAAAAUGGACGAUGACGAUGACGUCGUACUGCAAAACAAUGUACAGACAUUGAAGAACGAAGUUGCUUCAAAUCAGAAUAAAGUAGAUAUGUCGGAUCGUUCACCGUCACUGACUAGGAGUGAUGACUCACCGGAACCUAAAAACGCUUCGCAAAGUUCAGUCAUAACGAACAAGUCACAGAGUGCUACACCAGAACCUCAAAGACCUAAGACUCCCAAAGAUUUGAAACCUGAACCCAAAGUUGAUGCAUCAAGAGAAGUGAAACCUUCUGUAACACCAGUGAAAACUCCUUCAAAAUCACCUAUUCAAGAAAUGAAAACUAUGCCAAUCAACAAAAAGCCAACUGAGUUAAUUACUCCCACAGAUUCCAAAAGAUCUACUCCCAGAAAAGUAGUUUCAGCGCCUAAAUCACGUCCUAAAGAUGGUGAUAAUGACAGUGGUGUCGACGAGUCGACUCAAGGAAAUGAUAUGAACGGAUCGCCUGGGUCGCCAAAUAAGAAGUUGCCGAGUAAGGUCAUUAAUAAGGAAAAGUCGAGUAACAGCUUGAAAACAAGUCUAUCGCGAUCUUCCAGCAAGAGCGCAACAGCUAAAACACCCGAAAAUCCUCCGCCGUCGGAAAAGAAGAAAGUACCAAUGAACAAGAUUCAAGUGGGAAACGCGCCGUCUCCUAAUAUAAAGGCUGUCAAAUCCAAGAUUGGGUCAUUGGAUAACGCUACAUAUAAACCGGGCGGUGGAAAAGUUAAAAUAGAAAACAGAAAACUGGAAUUCAAUGCUACGCCAAAAAUUGCUGCGAAAAAUGAGGCCUAUACGCCUAGCGGUGGUACUAAGAAGAUAAUUACGACGAAAUUGGAAUGGAACGCGAAAUCCAAAAUAGGAUCGCUACAGAACACUGCUUACAAACCAGGGGGUGGUGACAAGAAGAUUGAAACGGUUAAGUUGGAUUUUAAAGAUAAAGCGAAGCCGAAAGUUGGAUCCACAGCUAAUAUAACUCAUAAACCCGGCGGCGGAACAGUUAAGUCAACAGAUGCAAAGAACGGAGAAAAAUCAAUUGAGAAUCAAAAAUUGGAUUUCAAAGUGGAAAGUAAAGUUGGCUCGCUCGACAACGUAAAGCAUAAGCCAGGCGGAGGUGAUGUUAAGAUAUUUGACGACAAAGACUACAUCAAGCAGGUGGUCGGCCAGUCGCCGCUGCCCCCCAGUCACGGCCAGUCGCGGCAGGAGAGUCCAGUUCCACCGUCUGCACCUCCGAAAUCUGAUGAGAAUUUGAACCAACAGCCGUGUUAAGCCGACCCAUCCAUUAUCGACACGAACGCUAUAUACUAAAAUUAAUGUGUCCAUUACUUUUUAUCAUAAUAUUAUUCUUGGCACAUUGUCUUUGAUUAAUAUAUUCAGAAUUUAAAGGACAAGAAUAAUAUUUAAGAAUUUAAGUCAGUAAAGUAGUUUCCUUUUAUAAAUGUGUAGUUCAUUUCAAUGUUUUGUGUCUUAGCAAAACUUUUAGCAGAUCAACUUUGCCUUUAUCUUUUUUGAAUUACAUAGUAUCAGUUGUGCCAAUGCGAUUAGAAUAUAUAACAUAAAAUAUUCAUGUAUUAAAAUUAAAAACUACCCUUUAUUUCAGAGUAGAUAUAGUUGAAUCAUAACUUAUAAGGAUUUAAAGCGCGCUACACCCACCCCUUGAGUUUUAACUGCACUGCAACUGUGUGUAGCGGGUUUUAAUUAUUGCCGCGUAAUCAUUAUGAAGAAAAUCCUGAUAUGUUGCGAAUCAAAUGUAGUUAGCACAAAUUUCUUUGACAUCUUAUAAUGGUUGUGCGGCAAUUCCACGUAUAUAUUAUGCACAUAGUGAUCACACUGUCAUACUGUCAGUCCUCACUGCGUAUUGUUAAAUUUGUCAGUGUUAAAUGUUUACCAGGCGUAUAUUAAAUGCGGUAGUCAUUGAAGCUUCGUUAUAAAUCUCUGUUGUUUACUUGAAUGUAUUAUGUAGAGAGCACGAACAACGUUUAGUAUUAAAAUGGAGUGAGGUUUGUAUAGGCCAGUGUUCUCGACCCUGCAUAUAUUCAAAGUCGUACAUCAUA